AGUUAAUCAUCUCAAUAUAAAAUUGUGUAUGCAGGAUUGUUACAAGCAUCUGGGCACCAAUUUUUUCAAGUCAUCAUUUUGUGUAUCACAUUCAAUCUUUAGUUAGUAUCUGUUCAUUGAUCAUCACCAAUGGCCAUGAAUACUUGUGAAGGCAAAGGAAGCUUCACUGAAGAGCAAGAAGCUCUAGUUGUCAAGUCAUGGAAUGUAAUGAAGAAAAAUACUGGAGAAUUGGGUCUGAAAUUCUUCUUGAAGAUAUUUGAGAUUGCACCAUCAGCCCAGAAGCUGUUCUCAUUCUUGAAAGACUCAAAUGUGCCUCUAGAGCAGAACCAGAAGCUCAAGUCUCAUGCCAUGUCUGUUUUUGUCAUGACAUGUGAAUCAGCUGUACAACUCAGGAAAGCUGGAAAAGUAACAGUAAGAGAGUCAACUCUGAAAAAAUUAGGAGCUACCCAUUUCAAAUAUGGAGUAGUUAAUGAACAUUUCGAGGUCACUAAAUUUGCACUACUGGAAACCAUAAAGGAAGCAGUUUCAGAAAUGUGGUCACCAGAAAUGAAGAAUGCUUGGGGAGAAGCUUAUGAUCAAUUGGUUGCUGCUAUAAAAGCUGAAAUGAAACCUUCCUCUUAGAAUUGCUGAAAAAAUAGAAACAAUAAAUACGGUUGUAUACGUCGUAUUUUGUAUCUUUUAGUGUUAGUUGAUGAUAAUAAACCGUUUGAUUAUUGUCUCA